CUAAAUCUAUUCAAGUUGAAUUCCAAGUUGUUUGCUGUUCCUUAAAGUCUUUUAUCGUCGUUCGAGUGGUCGCAUUACAGCCCAUUUUUCUGAAAAGGUCACCCUGUAAUGCCCUUGUUAUUACCUUCAACAAUUACAUUUUCUCUCAUUCGUCAUUCGCCUUCUUCGAGUCGCUAGAGCUGAAACGUCCAUUUUCUCGCUCUUCGCUCACUCUCUGUGGCAUAUUGACACCAUCACGACGUUUCUCUUCAAGAUUCAACUCGCCAGAAAUGGAUGAUGCCUGGGAUUUCAUGCGUCCUAAACUUGAAGAUUUGGAUCGACAACUUGAUCGAUAUUUGCUCACCAUCAACCAGAAGACAGAUGCCACCGGUCUUGUUUGCUUGGCGAUCGCUUUGCAGCUGAUUGAGAAUCGAGACAAAUUACGCACACUUCCUAUCCGGUCGUACUCACCUGCCCAACCUCAGUUCAAUAUUCCAGCUGUGGGUCAUGCUCCGGAGAUCACAGUCCAUUUCAAUGCAGCCGCAAUCGAAGAAAUUCCAGCAGUCUACGGUGUGGCCCGGAAGCAUUUCUAUUCCUCGGUCUUACAAGCCUUUCCUGUCGCCUGGAAAUGGAUUGUCCAGUUGACGGCCUGCUCUCAAGUUCAUCGUCUGCAGAUCAAAGACGUGGCCAAUUACUUCAACCAGUUUCCAGAAUUCAACAAAAUCACUUCGUUCAACGGCCAUGAAGUGGAUUGCACCGCUGUUCUUCGGUACGUCGAAUUUACUGCGUCCCAAAUCAAAUGGCCGAAACACCAAAUACUUGUAGCUAACGACGAAAUUCGUGCCGCCUUUCUGAGCGAUUCUUCCUUUGUCAAACACCACACGACCUUUUCGGCCACUGCUGGACUUUGCCGACAAUUUAUCGAUGGGCUCGGCGGGAGUCACGCCAAAGAGUUACAAAUCAACGAAAAAAUGAUUGAAGCUGUUGAUCGUUCAUUGGCCAACUAUUGGGACCCGGUGUUGAAUAGAGAAAUUCCGGUCCAACUCGUAGCUAUGGCAGCUGUUUAUGCUCAGGUUUGCGGAAGGGACUACGGGAAUUGGAUACAAGGGAAGAGGGCCUUAUCUCGUACCGAUCCUAUCUUUGUCGAUACAUGGAAAAAUUUGUUUCAACAUUGGUUAAAAUGAAAUUUCCUAUUAGCUGAUUUACGUUGGGAACCCUUGGUCUUUUCAUUUUCUCGAAAGUUCAUGAUUACGAAUGCCACGAAGCAUUAUCUGAAAUUGUAAAACCAUUAUACUUGAUAAUCUCAAUAAAAUGUUCAUUCAGUUUGA